UGAGCACACUUCAAUUUCGCUCAAGAAUUACAUUUCCUAAUAGUAAAUUAUUCUGAAAAUUUGUUUAUUAUGUUGUCUGCACUGUGUAAACAUUCCGACUGCACUUUUGAAUCAUGGUAUUUUGGUGGGAAAAUUUCACGUGUGGCACGGUGAAAGAUUUGAGUGAUGUGAAAUUUUGUAACAAGAUAAGUGUAUGUAUUAGUAAUUAUUUCCUUUGUAAAUUUAAAAAUAAGGUCUCACAAUAACACACAAUGUCUGAAAAAAAGAAUCUCGUCACGUUGGUGCCUAUUUGUUCACUUUCAAUCGGUGAUCUUGCCCGUAAGGGAUGGAAGCCGCGCAAUAAGCAGAUCAUUAGUGAUGUAAACAGAGAUGAAUACACUAGCUCAUCGGAUGAUGAUUUGAGUAUAUCAUUUAGCUCAUCUCCUGGAACCUCCGAAACUAAAGACAAUCUUAAUACAAAAAAUGCCCGGCAUAUUGUAACCAAGUUGAAUUUUGAUGACUGUAUUGUGAAGGCUAAUCAAGUUUCUAUUGCUACUGUUGAGCGAAUUAUUAAACCUCUAAAUGCAGAUGAAUGCUCUACCAUACCCGAAGUAGGAGACUGUAGUACAGUAAGGUCAUGUCAAGAGCAUGAACCUCAAUUUAACACAUUUGCUUCUCUUCAUUUAUUAAGUGAUGAAAUGACUUGUGUCCCUGAGUCACCUAAUGUUGGUGCAUUCAAUAAAACAAAACGUUUUGAAGGUCUUCAGUUUGUUCAUGAUGAGAAAAUUACUCCUUGUAAAGAAAGAGAGACAAAUAGUGAAGAAUUUUUAAUAUGCUCACCACCGAAAUGCUAUAACUUAAAAGAACAUUUCAAAAUUGUGGCACCAACGACAGAAGAAUCGCCCAUGGUAUUAGUAAAUGAUUCAUCACCAUUGAAAAUUCGCAGCUCUUCACCUGUUAUGCAGUCUUCUAGGAAGAAGAAAAAAAUUUCUUCAGAGAAUCAGUUUUAUGAAUUACAGAUGCAAAAAGAUAAUAAAAAUAAUUCAAUGUUAGUUGCAGUAGACCCAGUGUUGAAUCAAAAGAAAGAAAACAGUUUACAUGGAGAUGAUUUUUCAAAUAUUUAUUCUGAUAUUGACACAGUUGGUGUGAAACUUGACUGUGAAAUGUCUAGUUUGGAUCUUGCAGGUCUUUUACAAAGCCCUACAUCAUCACAGACACCCAUAAGAUUGUCUAAAGACAAUAUAUCAUCUCCAAUUUUGGGAUCUAAGAAAAAAAGACAGUUUUGUAAGUAUACCAAAGAUAAGAGAAUAAGGAAACACACAGGUUCAGUGAGUUCUGACAGAAAACCUUUAAUGCCAGUUAAUAAAAAUGAGAAUGUUUCGAUUCAGAAUGUGUGUGAGAAAGGAAAUAUGGUGGAAGAAGAACUUUCAUCAGUGACAAACUCUGAAAACAACUGUAACAACAAAAUUAAAGAAAUGCAUUCUAAAUCACGCAUCGAAAUAUCUAAACCAUCAGAGAAUGAAGAAGGGAAACAAUUCAAUGUAAUUAUUGAUAUAACAAAUCAGAUAUCGCAGGGACAAAAGCAAGAUGAAAUACACUUAAAAUCACCCGGUGUGGAUAUGUUGAGAAAUUGCAUUCAAACUUCUGCAACUGAGAGAAGUUUAACUUUUCAAAAUAAGGAUGAUGAGGGUUAUACAUUGGUUAAAUUAAAUGAUAGUGUUUCUCCAUCUCAAACUAUUUGUGUUUCAGCAAAUAAACUUUCAAGACGGAGAGUUAAGAGAAAACUUAAGCUUACCAACUUUACGUCUCAUAAAGAAUAUACUCAAUCACACCCUUCAUGGUCUCAGACUUUUGUUACUCAAGAGACUGUUACAUAUUAUUGUAUUCGCAAUUCCGAUGCCAUGAAUGCAAACUCGGGCAGAGAACCUUCUCAGUUGUUAGACAUAUUUAAAGCAAAAUUGCCUUCCAAUGCUGAAGAUCAAAUGACACAUGAUAGCCAAGAUCUUCAGUUAAUGGAAACUCAAGACCAAGCACUUGCUGACAGUUUCCUGGACCAAGGUAUUAGUUGUCUCCCUGAUAAUGAUUGUGAUAAAAGUUGUUAUGUUAUAUCACUGGAUUGCACAACCCAAAUUUCAAAGUUUAAUGAAGAAGCAAAUGGUAGAGAUAAAGCACUAUCAACAUCUGAAGAAACCCGAAACACUUCAGUUAGUCAGGCAAUAGAUCAAAAUGAAAAAUAUUCUUCUGAAAUGUCCAUUUCUAGUGAUAUUAUUGAAUGCUCUCAGGUAAUAGUGGAUUCUAGCAUGAGAGCAAAACGUGUGAAAGCAAACAUUUACAAACACAAAAUUAAUGGCUUUGUUCACUGCAAUAAUUUUGAUACAAGACCCUUUGUUUCUGUUGCUAGAAACAAAGUUUAUAGUGGUAAUAAAUCCAAUUCUUCUAGGAUAGAGAAUGAUAUUUUGAAUACAUCCAAUUACAUUGAAAAUGUAACAUCAGAUGAAGAAGAUACAUCUCCAGAAAAUAAUAAGAAAGUUGCCAGAAUAGUUUCAAAUUCAAGAAAGACAAUGCCAUGUUUAUCUGUUAAAUCAAACUUGGACAACACAUGUAAUAUAUUGGAUGAAGUCAACCAAUUAUGUAGAACCCCAGACAAAAAGAAGGACACAGAAAAUUAUGUUACUCCAGUCAAAAAUGUAUUAAAUUCAGUUCCUGAAAUGGAAAAUAUUUUCCAGCCAAGUAAAACACAGAUAGAAACAGAUACUUUGAGCCAGCAUAUUUCAUGUAUUGGAACUCUGAGAAGUUGUAGAAUGUCACAGGAGGAGUCUCCCAGACCAUCUUUCUCUGAAAAAUAUGAAUCACAGGUGCACAUCUCUUCUGGAUCAUCACAGGAUCCUGAUCAGGGCCAUUGCACGCCUCCAAGAAUGGCUAUUCCGCCAGUAAAUAUGGAUUCAGGGAAAAAAAGGAAGCGACUGAAAAAGGAUGGUCUAGCAGCUCGUCUGCAGCGAUUACUAGCUCAUAAGCAAGCAGCAACACACUUAUGCAAAUAUGAAGUGUCUGUUGGAACUCGGCGACCAGGAGAUUCUGUGCUUUUGGUAAAGAAUGCUUGGAUGGAGUAUAGUCGAUUGCUUGUAUUAUGUUCUCCCUGCCCUUCUGUUGAGCAGUUACAGAAUUCCAAUAAAGAUAUCAGAAAUGAUGCUGCAAACCAAAGUAUUCAGGAAAUGUCUACAAGAGAUCCUGAGGAGAAUAUAGCAUCAUUAUGGGUUUUGGUACUGGAUCCAGUCGUUUUACCUCUUACCCAACUUAAAGUGAAUGCUGUUAUUAGAAUAUAUGCUCCAUGGCAAACUUUGUAUGUUCCACGAUUUGCUGUGACCCUGGUAUUAGAUGUUACCUACAUUGAAUUGGUAUCAUCUUCUUCUAAAGGAUUGUCACCUACUCAGACAUAUGCUGUUUGUGGAGUGGAAACAUUUCACUGCCCAUGUGUGGAUGGUACCAGCAAACCAGAGAAUUGUGAGUUUCAGUUACCUGAUAGGGGUAAUCAACUAUGGACAUUACUGUCCCCAGCUCUUACAAAAUCUCAAAUGUCUCUGAGUCAAAAAUGUAAUAUGCAAAUUGCAACAAUGGACUUGGGAACGCAGAAAGGCACUAUAGCAGAGGCUAUAAUGCAGCAUAGCCGUGCUCUUACAAGUGGCAUUUGGUUGAGAGUGAAAAUUCUCAGAAUAUUUUGUUACAGGUUUGAAGCUUUUGCAUUGAAAGUUUGUGUAUGUGUCAGGAGGUGUGUGUCAGAUGUUGAUGAAGAGUCCGCAUUAUCUUGGCCAGUGUGCAAACAAUGCCAACGUGAUUUAAUAGAGCACAAACAUCACCACCAGCUAUUAUGUGAGCAUUGUGGCCUUACUGAUCCGGUAACAAAAUUAUCUCUGGAUGUUAUCUUGUAUUGCAGUAAUCUGCCUAAACUGCACAUUAAAGUGAAGCUAUUGCAGAAAUCCAUCCUCUCUCUUCUACCUGGAGCACUUGAAGGAACUCGUUUUGAAGUUGAAAAUGUCUUGGGAAAGCCAAUUGGUCCAUUGGUCUGUGUGGUGCUGGAAGACAGUCCACCUCGGAUUAGUUCUUCUUCUUAUGAUAUGUUACUUCAAGAGGUUCAGUUUUUGGGAGAAAGCUAUGAACUGACUAAUUAAAAAGAAAGUUAUCAUAGUAACUUGGGUUUACUGGCCAUUGGUAUAGUGAAAAUGUAUUUAUUUGUAGUUCCUCUGUAAAAUAAUUCACCAUUUUCUUCUAAUUGAUUUUGUUCUGCAUUCAAUCUUGUGUAAGGACUACCUGUAUAAAAAAUUACAAUUAGUUUUGAACUACGUAGAAGUAUGUCCCUCUUCAACCUUUGUGAAGUAAUUUAUUUUUUGUGUAUUGCAAUUCAAGUUUAUUUAUUCUAUUGUCACGAGGGAACAUAUUUUCUUUUUAAAUUAUGUUCAUAUGUGUUUCUAAAUUUGUUAAAAGAUGUUUAUUUUAAUACACAAAGCAAUGUAAAUAUGAUUAAAUACUGGUGUGUAAAUAUUUUCUUAGAAAAUGGAAACCUAAUUUUUUAUGUGCAAUUAUUUUGUAUAUGUCCAAGUUGUGUAUAUUAAACAUAUUUUUUUAAUAUAAUAAAUAAUUAA